AUGAGGAGAAAACAACAGGUUAUCGUCUAUAUACCAUUACCUAAAGACGAUAAAGAACAGGCACUUUCGCUCAUUCGCAACAAUAAUAACAGAGAAAAUACGAUUCAAUCAUCGAUUCUUAACAACAUUUAUCCGCGUCGUUUUUAUAAUUAUAGAAAUGAUAGUCUUAGAUACAUUGGUAAUGACUUGAUUGAGAAAGAAAAAUCCGUAAAGAUUCAACUUGAAAAAAAUAAAACAAACCAUCUUGAAAGUUCCUUGAGGAUACCUAGGCCAGCACUCUUGGAUAGAUCAACACGCACUACACGAUUGAGAAAGAAUCAAGACGAUGAUCGUUCACGAAAUAAUAAAUUUUAUGAAAAGAGAAAGAAGCAAGAGCUUUUGAAUUUCAAAGUAGACGAUGGUCAUGAUUUGCCUGCUAGAGAACGUUUCCAAAUUGGCAACAAGGGACGAUUAUUGACAAAGAAUGAAUUAAAGCAAAACAUCAAAAACACUUGUAGAACAUGCAGUCGAUUAUUCAAAAAUACAUAUUACUUUAAUAAGCAUAUGGUCUUGAUUCACAAGAUGGAAAUGCAGCCAAAGAGGAAAAUAGGUCUUGGUAAGAAAGUCUGUAAGAUCUGUAAAAAGACGUUUACUAGUUCCCUACUUUUACAAUGGCAUCAUGGAAGUAAUCAUUCAAAAAGAUUAAAUAAAUAA